AUGGAGGAUGGCAUUAGGUGCAUAGAAAAGGAGAAAGAAGCUCUUCUCAAGUUCAAAGAUGAGCUUAUUGAUGAAGAUAGCCGACUCUCUUCUUGGGGAAAUGAAAAAUAUAAGAACGAUUGCUGCAAAUGGAGUGGUGUCAAUUGUGAUAAUCAAAAUAAUCAUAUUGUUGAGUUGGAUCUUGGUGGUAUGUUUCUAAGAGGUAACAUUAGCGUCUCAUUGCUUGAAAUACAACAUUUGAAAUAUCUAGACCUCAGUGAGAAUGAUUUCAAUUAUAGCAUGAUUCCACAAUUCAUAGGAGAAAUUCCACAUCAUCUUGGCAACCUUUCUGAAUUGAAUUCUCUUUAUCUUUGCUCAUUUGAAGAUGGUUCACUUACUAGCACAAAUCUUGAUUGGCUUUCUCGACUUCAUUCAUUAAGAAACCUGUCCAUGUUUUCUGUUAACCUCACAAUGGCUACCGAUUGGUUACAAGCAAUAACUAAGCUUACUAAGCUUCAAAAUCUAGAAUUAGAUUCAUGUAACCUGCCAAUGCUUCUGGAUUGUUUUGCAAACCUGCGAAAUUUGUUUUAUCUUAAUCUAGCGCAUAAUAAUUUCUCUGGAAAGAUCCCAUCAAUAAAUGUCACCUCAUCAUUGCACUUACAAAACAAUAGUUUCACUGGAGAAAUUCCAACAUUUUUGAGAAAUUGUACUUCCUUGACUUUUAUUGAUCUUUCCCAAAAUAAGUUGAUUGGUAAUAUACCUAUAUGGGUGGGAGAUACUUGGACUUAUUUGGUCUUUCUGAGUCUCAGGUCCAAUGAGUUCUUUGGUAGUAUUCCUUCCAAUUUGUGUCGUCUUGCAGACUUACAAGUGUUGGACCUCUCUUUAAACAAGAUUUCUGGUGGUAUACCAAAAUGCUUAAACAAUCUCACUGCUAUGAUUCAAGUGGAUUCUGAGUUUGACAGGGCAUUUUUUCUUCCAUACGAAGGAGGAUUUGAGAGUGCAUUUGUAACAUGGAAAGGAAAGGAGGCCGAGUACAUAAAUACUCUUAAGCUGGUGAAACUCAUUGAUCUUUCGAGCAACAAUUUAGUAGGUGACGUUCCCGUGGAAAUUACAAGUCUUGUAACAUUAGUUGGAUUGAACCUUUCAAGAAACAACCUAUCUGGAUUCCUUCCUCUUAAUAUUGAACGAUUAAGGUCUUUGGAUUUUCUUGAUUUUUCAAGAAACCACUUCUCUGGUGGUAUUCCCAUUGGUGUUUCUCAAUUGGAUGAACUUGGAGUGUUAGAUUUGUCGUACAACAACUUGUCUGGCAAAAUUCCACAAAGCAUUCAUUUACAAACUUUCAAUGCUUCUGCAUUCGAGGAAAACCAUGAACUUUGUGGCCUUCCACUUGCAAAAGCUUGUCCAGAAGAUGAAAUUGCUCAAGUUCCAAAGAUCAGUUAUAAUGUUGAUAAUGAAUUGGUUGCUUGUAAAGAUAGCCAUUUACAAAAUCCGUCUCAGAGAAGCACCCAAAUUUGUAAAAUUUUAGCUUGUGCGAUAUUGUCUACUAUCUAA